AUGAGCUCUCCAGAAAAGAUAGAAGAGAUAAGCAAAGAGGAAUGGCUUGAAAAAAUACAAGAAUUGCGUAUACCUCGGAACGAAAUGAACUCUCUGGUAAUGGACUAUUUGGUGACUGAAGGCUUCAAACAGGCUGCAGGGAAAUUUAAACUAGAGGCCAAGCUACAAUCGGAGAUUCCUCUAACGGGCAUGGAUGAACGCAUACAGAUCAGAGAAGCUGUCCAAGGCGGUGAUAUUGUCAAAGCAAUGCACCUAACUAAUAAUUUUAAUCCAGAAAUCUUAGACAGUAGACCACAUCUAUUUUUUCAUUUACAACAACAAAGACUAAUAGAGCUUAUAAGGAACAAGGACAUUGACGGCGCAGUAGAGUUUGCACAGAAUCAGAUGGCCGAACAAGGUAAAGAUAAUCCUCAAUUUUUGGAAGAGCUCGAACGUACAAUGGCGUUACUGGCUUUCGAUAACGCAGAGGAAUCCCCAUUCGGCGAGCUACUUCAGCUUUCCCAACGGCAAAAGAUUGCAAGCGAACUUAACGCAGCCAUCCUAGAAGAGGAAAACCAACCGACUACACCGAGGUUGGCAAAAAUUGUGAAGAUGCUGGAAUGGUCGCAACACGAACUAGAUCAUAGCAAAGCAAAGUAUCCAAAAAUGAUGAACUUGGCUACGGCCGAGAUUGAGAUGACAAAAUGA